GCGGGCGGAAGGCGGGCGGGGCGCACGGCGGAAGCGGCGGGCGGGGCGCGCGGGCAGGGCCGGCAUGGAGCCCGCCGAGGGGCCUGGGGCGCUGGGCUUCCACGGCGACGAGGAGAUCAUCGAGGUGGUGGAGCUGGGCCCGCCCGGGCCGGAUGACCUGGCCGAUGAGAUGGAGGACGUGGACUUUGACGACGAGGGGGCGGAAGAGCCCGAGGCCGAAGCUUGGGAGACGGAGGAUGACGAGGGGGUGGAGGACGGCAUGGAGGCGCAGGACGACAGCGAGGUCACGUUCUCCCUGCACUCGGCUUCUGUUUUCUGUGUGAGCCUCGACCCCAAGACCAACACACUGGCGGUGACGGGUGGGGAGGAUGACAAGGCCUUUGUGUGGCGUGUGAGCGAUGGAGAGCUCCUGUUCGAAUGCUCAGGACACAAGGACUCGGUCACCUGUGCUGGCUUCAGUCAUGACUCUGUGUUUGUGGCCACGGGUGACAUGUCUGGGCUUAUCAAAGUGUGGCGAGUGGACUCUAAGGAAGAAGUGUGGUCCUUUGAGGUGGGAGACUUGGAGUGGAUGGAGUGGCACCCUCAAGCCCAUGUCCUUCUGGCUGGCACAGCUGAUGGCAACUCCUGGAUGUGGAAGAUCCCCAGUGGAGACUGCAAAACCUUCCAGGGCCCUGCGUGCCCAGCCACGUGCGGCAGGAUCCUGCCUGAUGGGAAGCGAGCGGUGGUGGGAUAUGAAGAUGGCACCAUGCGCAUCUGGGACCUGAAGCAGGGAACUUCGCUGCAUGUCCUGAAAGGCCAGGACGGCCACCAGGACCCCCUGACAUGUGUGGCCAGCAACCAGGAUGGCAGUUUGAUCAUGACGGGCUCUGUGGACUGUCACGCUAAGCUGGUCAACUCUGCUACAGGCAAGGUGGUGUGCGUGUUCAAGCUGGAGAGCAUGGCCCCCAAGGUCCCUGCUGGCGAGGGUGAGGAGGUGGAGUCCAACUCGGUGGAGUCGCUGGGCUUCUGUAAUGUGAUGCCGCUGGCUGCUGUGGGUUACCUGGAUGGCACACUGGCUAUCUACGAUCUCUCCACACAGAGCUUGAGGCAUAAGUGCCAACACGAGUCAGGGAUCGUGCAGUUGCUGUGGGAGGAGACCUCAGCCGUGGUGUACACCUGCAGCCUGGACGGGGUCGUGCGGCUCUGGGACGCCCGCUCUGGGAAGAUGAUCAGCGAGUACCGAGGGCACUCAGCUGAAAUCCUUGACUUUGCUGUCAACAAGGAUGCUUCCAUCGUGGUGACAACCUCUGGUGACCACCAAGCCAAAGUCUUCUGUGUCCAGCGUCCUGAUCGCUAGGAACUGCUGAGGAAUCGUGUCCUGGCUCGUGUACAGAGGGAUGAGGGACAUGGGUUUCACCACCCUUCUCCAGUGUGUGCUUUGUAAUUUUCCAGCCUACCCAACUCUGCCCUCACCAUCUCGGGGCCAAGCCUGGGGUUUUGUAUAAAAAUGUCUUUAAUUAUAUAAAUUAUUUCACUUAAUGGGAUGCCAUCCACUGCUUGUUAGGGGACAGAGGAUCUGGGGAGCUGUGCUUCCUCCUACCCUUCUCAGGGAUCUCCCCAGCAUCCAGCCCUGGACAGAAGGUCAACAGUGGGUGAUUUUAUUCUGGUCUGAGUGGAGGCAGACACCCCCGGGUUGCUUUCCCUGUUAGGGGCAAUGAGGGGCUGAGGGUAGGAGGGAGGGAUGCCAACUGUUAACUGAGGGUAGGAGAAUUGUGCUCUGUGCAGUCUAGGAGUGGCCCAAGGCAACAGGAUACUUGCUCCUAGACCUGGGAACAGCACCCUCGCUUCAGCCCCCAAGACAGAAAUGACCACAAGUAAUUUGCUCUGAGACAGUAAUUACUCCCCUUGUGUCUGUGGCUCCAAAAAUACCUUCCAGAGCAAGGCCACAGGCAUUGACAAGCCAAAGCCCUCACAGCCCCUUAAGAUAGAAAGAUCUCCUUUAUUAAUGAACCCCAACAGUAUUUCUUCAGAUACAGGAGUUUUGAA